UAUUCGUACUAUACAGCUGGUUGCAUUGUCAUUGAUCUUGAAAAAUGGAAUCAGACACAGGACCCAGUGAGGCGCUGAGACGUCUGAACGUCUUUAAUCGUCAUUUUGCUCCUUUGAUUCAACAGCAAGUUUCUUCUGAUUCAUCAUCGCCAUCACUUCAAGCAGGACUGUCCAAUGAGAUUCAGUAUGUCGUGAAGAACAGUAUUCUUACAGCGGAACAAGAGCGAUCAUACCAGGAGAAUGGCUUCUUGGUUAUUCCCAAUCUUGUACCUCAUCACAAAAUCGAUGCAUACAAGGAGGAGUUUGAGCUUAUCUGCGAAGGGAAGAAUAGACAGCGCUCUGCCGGUAUGACUAUCAUGAAGGAUGUUGCCCUUAAAACAUUGAGUGGUGAAAGAGCAAUCAAUAAACUCCAAGACUUUCAAGACAAUGAAGUCCUAUUCUCCUACUGCAGCUCGCCAGAGCUAUUGCAAUAUGUAGAGUGCUUCACUGGACCUGAUGCAAUGGCAAUGCAUACAAUGCUUAUCAACAAACCUCCUGAUCCAGGAAGCAAGACCUCUCGGCAUCCCAUGCAUCAGGAUCUACACUACUUCCCAUUCCGACCAGCUAAGAGCAUUGUGUGUUCCUGGACAGCUAUGGAGAAAGUACACAGACAAAACGGCUGUCUUGUGGUGAUUCCAGGCUCACAUAAGGGACAGUUAAUGCGUCAUGAUUAUCCUAAAUGGGAGGGAGGUGUGAACAAGAUGUACCAUGGAAUAAUGGACUUUGAUGCAUCUGCUCCCAGAGUUCAUCUUGAGAUGGAGAAAGGAGAUACAGUCUUCUUCCAUCCCCUCUUGCUUCAUGGAUCUGGAACUAAUAAAACAAGUGGAUUUAGGAAGGCAAUCUCCUGCCAUUAUGCCUCUUCUAAUUGCCACUACAUCGAUGUUGCCGGGACAACACAAGCUAAUAUGGCAAAUGAAAUCACUGAUGUUGCUAAGAGGAAACUUGGAGAAGAUGUUGAAGUCAACAUCAAGGACAUAUGGUACAUGAAAGGAAGACUUGUGAAAGGAGAGCGUAUCACCUUGUGAGACUCAUCACCUAUAAAGGUUUUUUUCAUCAAGAUUUAACUUUAAUGACACGAUCGGUUUCCGGUAACGACAAAUACUUAAUCAAAACGAAACUUGUAUUGAAACUUGGAGAAUAGUAUGUGCUUAAGAAUUUUUUUUUAAAGAUAAUGUAUGAUAGGUGAGAAAUAGAGCAAUAGAUUAUGAUGAAAUGUAACAUACUGCUAUUUUGUAUUUAUCGGCGAUAGCAAGAAUUCAAAAUAACUUAAACAACAUGUUCUUGAAGUGGAAUUCCAUAACCAGAUUAUGAGCUUAGGGGUUUUCAGGUUAAAUAUAAUCAGUAUUCAAGGCUUCCUCGUGUAAAUUGUGAGAUGAUAGGAGUAUGGAUCUACUCAUCUGUUUAUCAUCUAGAUUCAAACUUCAAGACCAAAGAGAGAAUAUAGAUUUGUUUUUCUUGGUUUGAUCAAUGUGUACUGUAAAAAGGGCUGUAAGACAAUUAAUAGUCACUAAAUUUCGCUUCACAUUUAAAUCUAAAAGUUUCUAUUAAUUUUCUUUUGUUUUCAGUUUUACAGUUAUUAAGCCUCUAUAUCUUGUGAUCUACUAUAUUUGCAUUUUUGCCUGAUAAUAUUAUUAAGAUACGUAGUUGAAAUUCAAUUCUUUAUAGUUUUUGUAACAACAUAUACCGGUAAUACUUACAAAUGAAUGAGAUAAAUUGAUAUAUAGUUUUUGUGAAAGUUAUAAGUUUUAAAAAAAUAUUUUCAUUAAAAUGUCUACAUUUAUUAUUGGUUUUAUCCAUAAAUGAAAGAUAUCUUCUUGACCUCUAUCAUUCUCUCGACGACUGGUUAAAAUGGGGAUUGUUUCAUGAAAAAUUUGUGCAAUAUAGUUCAUGUAAUUCAAAUAGAUACUUCUAGCGCAUUUGUAUCAAUUAUUGAAAGAAUAUGUCUAAUAUCAUACCUCUCUCUUUUUUUUAAAUUCCUAGAAAAAUUUUCAAGGUAACAAUAUUAAUUUAUUAAUUCUAAAAUAGAGGACUUGUUGAUUACUUAAAAUGUGCAUGGUCAAGCAAACUUAUAUAAGCUUUGAGGACGAUGAACCUAAUCACACAUUCAUAUACAUCAAUCAAACCCUCAGUUGUACUGCUUCUGGACAGUUCUAUCUUUUUUUUAAUUGGAGGUACUUUUUACAAGUUUUAAAAGCUUCUUUCAUCGGUUCUCAAUCCUACCAAGAGUAUUGCCAGUUUUUCAUAUGUAAGUUAUGAAAGAAACUGAAAAGGAACAGUUGAAUUUAAUGUAUGAUUCUUAGUUCUAGAUAACUAUUUUCAAGGCACUGGAAGAAAAUAGGUAUAGGUGUAGAUAUAAAUUAUAAUGAUAUACUACUGGUAUAUAUAAGUACCCAGAGUAUAUAGGCCUUUAUAAUUUGAGAAUUCUUAUUUCAUCAUAGACUGAUGACGAAUAUUUACAUGUGAUAACUUGCUAUAUCGGUAUAUCAGUGACAGUGAUUCAUAAGAUUUUUUGAAAUUCGUAUGUAGAUUUUUAUCCAUGUUUUGUAUACAUGUAUUAUUUGUGACACAUCCAAUGUGGGUACAAUAUUUAGGAAACCAUAAUUUUGAUGUUUUUACUUGUACCAAAGAUUUAAUAUUUGUUAAUACUUUGCAGAUAUGUAUUUCUUACAUGGUGGAUAUAAUGCUAAUAAAAAUCUAUUCAUU